CAUAGUUGCACUUCAUUGUAUAUGUAAUUUCCUCACAGAUCCCUACAUCACAUACACUCAUAUCAUUCAUUUCUCUCUCUCAUCAAUCACCUAUAUCCAUCCUCCUUUCCCUUUAAACAACAAAGUUCACAACUUUUUUGUUCUUUCUGUAACACUACCUCGGUUCAAUCACCUGGGUCAUCCUCUGAUUCUGUCUUUGAGCCACACACACACACAACUUUGACUUUUGAAACAACCAAAGUUCAGGUUCUCAAUUACUGUUGUAUGAUCAUGGAUUCCCCACAAUCUGUUGUAUCACCCUUUAGAACCUCAGUCUUGGGUGAGGGUGAGAAGCACAAGUCUGAUGUUACCACACAAAGCAAUGGUCCUUCCUCUAAGGAUAUUGAAGUCAACGGGAAGGAAACUAUCAUGUCAAAUGCCGAGGAAUGCGUUGGAGUGCUCGAUGUUUAUAUACAUCAGGCUAGGGACAUUCAGAAUAUUUGCAUAUACCACAAGCAAGAUGUUUAUGCUAAGAUUUACCUGACAAGUAAUCCGGAGAACAGCGUCUCUACUAAGACCAUUAAUGGAGGUGGAAGGAACCCUGUGUUUAACGACAAUCUUCGUCUCAAUGUUUGGGAUGUUGAUUCGUCUCUCAAAUGUGAGCUAUGGAUGCUUAGCAGGGUGAAGAAUUAUCUUGAAGAUCAGUUGCUUGGUUUUGCUUUGGUGCCGUUGUCAGAAGUACUAGUCCAGAAUGGUAAACUAGAGAAAGAGUUUUCUCUUUCUUCAACUGAUCUGUUUCAUUCUCCUUCAGGUUUUGUUCAAUUGUCCAUUGCUUACACCGGUGCUACACCUGAUGUUAUGGCAAUAUCUGCUAUGCCGGGGAAAGUGGCUACGCAUGUCACUCAGCAGGACUCGGAAACAUGUGAGUCAUUGGCCAGAGAUUUGGAUAAAAUUGAGUUUCCAGAUCCUAAGAUUGUAAACGAAGACCACUUAAUGGUUUCGGAAUACUUUGGCAUUUCAUGUGAGGAGACUCAGUGCUCUGAUAGCUUGGCAACUUCUGAUGCUGAAAAUCAUAGUUCGGAAGCUGGUGUUCGUCUUGUGGAAAGCUUCUCAGCAUGCAGUGGUGAGUCUGUACAUGUGGAACCUCCUAAGGUUGAGUCUCCACCAAGCAGUGUGUCAACAAAUGGGGUUUCUUCUCCUUCUGCUCAUGAAAGCUCAGAAUCAUCUGAUGCUGCAGCAGCUUCUAAGUCCCCAAGUCAUGAACAAGUUUCAGGAACCAAAGAGGUGAAAAAAGUGGAUGUUAAAGACGGUGAGAGUGAUUCCUCAAGUGUUGUUCCGAGUGAUUUAUUCCCUAAGCCUGUUGUGACUGUGAAUAUGCCAGAGCCGCAGAUGGUUCAGCAGGAUAUAGUUGACAUGUACAUGAAAAGUAUGCAGCAAUUUACCGAGUCAUUAGCGAAAAUGAAGCUUCCUAUGGACAUCGAAAGUGAACCAACUACUUCAGGAAAUUCAAGUACUGAGCAGAAACUACCGCAAACUAAGAACGCUAACUCCCGUGUCUAUUAUGGAAGCAGAGCUUUCUUCUGAGCUUUUGCUUCCUUGGUUUAAGGGAAUACAGGCAGGUGACUGUAGAUUUUAGAUUAAAAACUGGGUUUUGGAUUCUCUGUAGUCAUGCAGUCAUGAAUCUCGGUCGUUAGAUGAAGAUUGGAUCAUAUUUUAAUAUGUAAUUUAAUUUUAAAGUCAAUUUGGCGAAUUCAAGAUACAAUUGUUCUGAUCUUCAUCCAAUGAUCAGAUCCCGUGUGUGUGCGACCGUGUGCUUUUUUGAGCGUAGGGAAUUCGGGUCCGGAAAACUGAUAAUAGCAGUGAAAUGAAAUAAUGUAGUAUCCAGUGUGGUUUCUCCUUCUGUAUUUCUUCUGAUGUUGUAGGUUACAGGGAAUAUUACUUUGUACUCUCACAAGCUUGUUGCUAUCUUAACUGUUGCAUGAACUUUUCUGUGUUACCUUCUUUCUUUGUCCUUUUUGAUUUAAAUGUCAAUGAUUGUGAAAUUGAA